AUGGGAAUUCGAUUUGCGUGGGCUGACAACGAUGCCAAAAAUGGAUUGGAAUGGGCACCACCAGUCAGAGUUGUAGCAGUCGUCACAUUGUUUGCAUCCACGUUGGAUGUUCUUGCUGAUCUUCUUGUAUGUAACAGAAUUGCUGAGUACUUGGAUAACUUCCAAAGUCUGGUAGCGAUCUAUGCUGCCUACGGCUACUUCUUCUUUACCGGAAUCAGUCUGUUUGUCUACAUAUUCGAGAUGGUCGAUGUCUGCAAGACCCUAAAAUAUGACGAAGAGAAUGUGUUCUACGCCCGUUUGGCCAAGUCGAUGGUUCUAGUUCUUGAAGAAGUUCCUCUUCCAUCAUUGAUGAACCUUCUCUUCACUAACGAGCCUCGUCUUUCUCUCGCAUCGCCAGUUUACUUUUCUUCGUGGAUCAAACUUGUUGCACUUACGUGGGGACUUGUGAAGUUCACGAAACUUCGCUUCUUCUGGCCAUGCCUCCCACUCAACCCAAAACAUGAUGCCCGAGAAAAUGUACGCCGCUGUUUUACAUUCACCAUGUACAGAAUCUGUAUGAUUAUUGUAAACAUCUGCCACAUUCUGGCAAUCGUCAUUGUCAUUAUGAACAUCAUCGCCAGUUCAUCCGGUGGACGGAAAAUCGAUGUGAAGGAACAAAGAUUAUAG